AUGGCCACUCUUCGCACCGUGUUCAUCCUCGCCUUGGUCCUCGUCUCUAUCCCCGCACUCUAUGCCGCGUCCGCGCCAAUGCGGGGCGGCGUCGCUACUGCUGGAAGCGCAGGCGUGGACGCGGCGAGUUGGGGCCGCAAGCUGCUGGACCAGCAGGGCGGCGAGGAGGAGGAGGUGGGGGAGAUGACGGAGGACGGGCUGGACGAGGCGGUGCGGGUGCUGCUGAGCUGGAAGAAGUUCAAGAACGCGGUGAAUCAGGCGGCGAAGAGCGAGGCGGGGCAGAAGGCGGGAGGGUUGGUGAAGAAUGUGGUGAAGAAGGGCGGCAAGGAGGCGCUCACGGCUGCAGUCAACGCGUUCCGCAGCGGCAAGGGCGCCAAGGGUGCCCUGCAGCCCCUUUCAGUGAUGGUCGGGUUUCUGCAGGGCAACCCAGUGAGCCACUGGAGCGGGGGAGUCAACCUUGUGGAAGCCCCAUUCACCGCUCUGCACCCCUGCAUCCGGCCUUGCCUCUCCAUGUUCCCAACAGCUGUUGCCACCGCUGCCAGUGAGGAUCUGGCUCCUGCAGGGCAACUGAGUGAGCCAUUGGGAGUCAACCUGUGGAUGGCUCCUGCUGUGAAGCAAGGGGACAUUCUUGACUAUACGUCCUCUCCCCCUCCCUCGUUCCCACUGACACCCUCCCUCUCUCGUUCCUAUACACCCCCUCCCUCUCUCGUUCCUAUACACCCCUUCCCUCCAUCGUUCCUAUACACCCCUACCUUCCCUCGUUCCUAUACACCCCUGCCCACCCCCCCUCUUUCCCCCAAACCCAGAUGUUUAUUGAAGUUCUCCUGCCUCAUAUGGCUCACUCCGAAUAUCCUUCAGUGUUCUACCCUCUCCCAGCAGUGUUCUUCAGUCGUCCAGUGGUUCACCGAGACGCACGACGUGCAGCGCUUCAAGAACAUAUUUGCCUCCAAGGCCUGCUCCUUCUUCAGCGCCAUGCCGCUCACAUCUGCCUCGCAGUUCGGCAUGCGGCUCUUCCAAGUCAAGCCCGCCCAUGCCGGCAAGACUGCUAUUCCCUGCUACUCUCGAGAAUCCAUCGCGGCAGUAACCAUGGCUACUCUUCGCACCGUGUUCAUUCUCGCAUUGGUCCUCGCAACACUUCCCGCACUCUACGCCGCGGCUGCGCCAAAGCAGCGGGGUGACGUUGCUGGGGGAAGCGCGGCCGUGGACGCGGCGAGUUGGGGCCGCAAGCUGCUGGAAGCGAGCGGCGGUAACCUGGACGUAGGUGGUGAGGAGGAGGAGGUGGGGGAGGCGACGGACGGGCUGGACGAGGCGGUGCGGGUGCUGCUGAGCUGGAAGAAGAUCAAGAACGCGGCGAAUCAGGCGGCGAAGAGCGAGGCAGGGCAGAAGGCGGGAGGGUUGGUGAAGAAUGUGGUGAAGAAGGGCGGCAAGGAGGCGCUUAUGGCUGCAGUCAACGCGUACCGCAGCGGCAAGGGCGCCAAGGGUGCCCUGCAGGCCGGCGCUGGCUCGUUCGUCAAGACCGCAAAAACGAUAAUUUAA